AUGAAAACUUCAAAGGCAUCCCAGCGCUACAGAAGCAUCCGGAGAAACGCCAGUCAGUGCUACCUCUACCAGGACUCCCUGCUGCUUGGUAACUCAGAUGACAGCUUUAAUGCUGAUGAAACGGGGGACAGCAAUGAUCCGGAGCAAAUCUUCCAGAAUAUACAGUUCCAGAAAGAUCUCAUGGCCAACAUCCGUUGCAGACCCUGGACCAUGGGACAGAAGCUGCGGGCGCUGAGACGAGCAAAAGAGAUUGUGCUGAAGUUUGAAGGGAGGUUGACUAGGACGCGAGGCUACCAAGCAGCAGGAGCAGAGCUCUGGCGGAAAUUCGCCCGUUUGGCCUGCAACUUUGUGGUCAUCUUCAUCCCCUGGGAAAUGAGGAUAAAGAAAAUUGAGAGUCACUUCGGAUCUGGUGUGGCCUCCUACUUCAUCUUCCUGAGGUGGUUAUUCGGAAUUAACAUAGUGCUCACAGUGAUGAUGGGUGCUUUCGUUGUCAUUCCCGAGUUAAUUGCAGGCCAGCCCUUUGGAAGCACAGCCAGCAAGACCAUUCCGCAGGAGCAGGUCAUGUCUGCACAGGAUUUGGACACUGUCUGGUCCCUGGGGGGCUACCUUCAGUACUCCGUCCUGUUCUAUGGGUACUAUGGAAGAGAGAGGAGGAUUGGGAGAGCCGGCUACCGCCUGCCCUUGGCAUAUUUCCUGGUGGGGAUGGCAGUGUUUGCCUACAGCUUCAUCAUCCUCUUAAAAAAAAUGGCUAAGAACUCGCGCACCAGCCUGGCCAGUGCUUCCAAUGAAAACUACACCUUCUGCUGGAGGGUAUUUUGUGCCUGGGAUUACCUCAUUGGGAACCCAGAGGCUGCAGAGAGCAAAACAGCCGCCAUUGUGAACAGCAUUAGGGAGGCCAUAUUGGAAGAACAAGAAAAGAAAAAACAUAAAAACAUGGCGGUGACUGUCUGCCUGAGAAUCAUCGCCAACAUCCUGGUGCUCCUCUCGCUGGCUGGGAGCAUCUAUCUCAUCUACUUUGUGGUGGACCGGUCCCAGAAGCUGGAACAGUCAAAGAAGGAGCUGACACUUUGGGAAAAGAACGAGGUGAGUGUGGUGGUCUCCCUUGUCACCAUGAUAGCACCAUCUGCCUUUGACCUUAUUGCUGCCUUGGAGAUGUACCACCCCAGGACGACGCUACGCUUCCAGUUAGCAAGGGUCCUGGUUCUGUAUCUAGGCAAUCUCUACAGCUUGAUCAUUGCCCUUCUGGACAAAGUGAACAGCAUGAACAUUGAGGAAGCUGCUACCAAAAACAUCACAAGCCAUUGGGCAGAUCCUUCCACCUUCUAUGCCACCAGAAUGGUGCCUGAAGAAGCGCAGUGGCCCACACCCGGGGAAGGAGUGGAGCUCAGGAGAAACGCCAGCACAUGGGUCUUGGAAGAGACAAGCAUUCUGACUACCAUCAUGCCCCACACAAAGGCCAACAAGACGGUGCCCUACAUGCAGAGCCCCCAAGGACAGUGCUGGGAGACAUAUGUUGGCCAGGAGAUGCUGAAGCUGUCCGUCAUUGACAUGCUCUUCACGGUGGCCAGCAUCCUCCUCAUUGACUUCUUCAGAGGACUUUUCGUGCGCUACCUAAGCGACUAUUGGUGUUGGGACCUGGAAAGCAAGUUUCCUGAAUAUGGGGAAUUCAAGAUCGCGGAGAAUGUGCUGCACCUAGUCUACAAUCAAGGCAUGAUUUGGAUGGGGGCCUUCUUCUCUCCGUGCCUACCAGCUUUCAAUGUCCUCAAGCUCAUCGGGCUGAUGUACCUGAGGAGCUGGGCAGUGCUGACCUGCAAUGUCCCGCACCAGCAAGUGUUUCGAGCCUCCAGAUCCAACAACUUCUACCUGGCCAUGCUCCUGUUCAUGCUCUUCCUCUGCAUGCUGCCAACCAUCUUUGCCAUUGUCCACUACAAACCAUCUCUCAACUGUGGUCCCUUCAGCGGGCAAGAGAAGAUCUAUGACAUCGUGUCAGAGACGAUAGAGAAUGACUUCCCUGCAUGGUUUCACAUUGUGGUGGGACACAUCAGCAGCCCCGUGGUGAUACUCCCAGCCGUACUGCUUCUAUUCAUGCUCAUCUACUACCUUCAGAGCAUCGCCAGGUCCCUGAAACUCAGCAGCCAGCAGCUCAGGAUGCAGAUCCAAAACGCAAGAUCUGAAGACAAGAAAAAGGUUGCCCAGAUGGUAGAGGCCCUGGCCUCACCUAGUGAUACCAGGCAGGCAGGCCUGGCCACUGAAGCAGAUUCCAGAGUAAAGAUCCAAACUCGAAUCCAGACUCAUGAAGAAAGCACCAAGAGGCUUCUAAAGGAAGGUGACCUCAUCAGCCAGCUGUCCUCAGCAUACUUGGCAACGCCCCAAAAUAAUGGCACCAUGGUCAACUUUGACUCUCUGAGUAGCAAGAGCAUCAGGAUGGAGACGGUCACAAGGUCCCUGCCCCAGAGUCCUGGGCAAGGGUCCAGGGGCCCCUGCUCUCCUCUUCCAGGUGGAUCUAGAUCAAAGCCAGAACAGGACGCCAGCAGGAACCCACAUGGGCCAUGUGCCAGCACAGUCAACCUCCACAAGAACAGAUCCUACACAUCCGUGACACAGACACAGCCCCUCAAGGAUGUCCGCUCAGAGCCUCUUUCCCGAAAAGACUUUCAGCCAAUCAGACCUCGUUUCUGUGGGCCUGGGGUCUCUGCCUUGAUGACACAUGGCCACAGACCCCGUACUCCCAGAUACUAUGUUGUAAAUGAACGUGACUGUCACAGAAAGACCCACCCGACUUUUUGGCCAGAAAGGCAUUUCAAGAUAGAUGCCUUAGGCGACAUUGUGGAGCUGUACCCCAGGAACGUGCAGCGGUACAUGUCCUGGGCCCCCCACCAGCCUUGCUCACCACAACUGAGUGAAGAAGAGGAGGAGAUGCUGAGGGCAGAUUUGGCCCAAUGGUCGAUACCCCACGGCUCCCUGACAGACCUUCCUCGGGCUUCUCGUUUUUACACUAGCGACAGACCAGAAAGUGGGGCCAGAGACCCUGAGUACCAGCAAAGGAUGUACUACCGAUAUGGGGAUACUAGUCUUGACGGGCAACUUGAGGGGCCCACAUUUGUACACAAAAAGCCACGACCCAGGAAUGUCCAUUACCCACAGCAUCCUCUGACGCCCAGAGUCAAGGCCAAGUUCGAACCAUCCUUAACAGAAUCUGAUUCUGUGUCAGCAGCAUCCAGCAGUGACCAGCAGAACAGCAACAAUGACCAAUACCUGCAGGUCAUGUCCAGCCAAAGCAGAUUCCCAAGGUCUGCCAGCCAGCUGGGCAGGAGGAAGGCCAAGUCCAGGCAGGCACUGCCCACGGAUCUAAACGACCUAAUUUGUUCGAAUGUCUAGGCUUCUUUCAAUGUCCCUUCCUAAAGACUGGGUCUCUUUGGAAAGUAUUGGGAGCACACAGUCACACCCUUUCUGGAAGAGAGAACGUCUCUGGGGACAUUAGAGAUCUGUGGAGCUUCUUUAGGUGCUGCUACUGUCUGAGACCCUGGGGCUGUCACUUCCUAUUCAAUGGUGUGUGAGUGGCCACUCCUUGGCGCUUCCUUAUGGCUAGCACACAUCACCACAUCGGGCUGUCCCUUCAAGAAAACAUCAGGCCUUUGAUUCCAUUCAUAGUGGCUGGCCAUGCUCACUAGCAAGCUAAACAUCUCACCAGGACUGCGGAAACCAACCUUGACACUCUGUUUAUCUUCAGUGACGUGAGUGAGUGCUUUCUUUGGCCAUGUGCUCUUUCAACAUACAAGUAUCGACACUUCUAUAGUGAGCAACCUGAAGUGGCCACUCUUGAUGUGUUCACGGCAUUUAGUUUAUGAGGACAAUCAGUUUAGUAGUGGCCAGCGCAGUGCACCGCAAGCGUCUUUAACUCUGUAUUUAGCUAAUCAGGAUAUGGAUCAGAUAGGAGUCCAAAUUUAUACCUGGGGCUCCCUGGUUCACUUCACUGAGAAGGAUGGGGAUGGAGACUCAGUGUGCGCAGCUGGAAGUAGGGCUCCAACAUCCCUGAGAACGCCUGACUUCUCACCUCUUGACUCUUUGUGUUUGCUGACCCUGUUUUCCCCCACUGCCAACAGACUUCCUUCUGAUAGGAGGUGAAAAAUUCACAGCCUCGGAGAUGCCAAGCUGCUAGCCUUCACCCAGCAAGCCCAAGGGAAGGAGCCCAGCUGAUGUUCUCUACUUCCUGUUGGGUCUGCCCUCAAGGAGUUGUUCUCCGGAUCCUCUGAAUGACCUUGUGCAGGGCUUGGAAGCUGUUGUGCUCCAUCCCACAACUGGGUGCCCGGACUCCUAUUCCCAUAUCUCUUUUUAGACGCUCUGACUUCUAACAUUCCUGUCUCCUCUACUAUACCCCGAGUGGCUUUGGAACAAAAAUGGCACCAUGGUUCAACAUUCCCAGUAACUGGCACAUGAUAGAAACCACGCAUGUUUCCUAGCACUGCUCUCUAUCAGAAUAACAAAGGGAACUCUCUGCAGAUUGAAUUUCUCUGAAAACAGAGAGCAUCGCAUUGAUAAUCUCAUAGCACUGUAAACUGUGGGCACAUACACAGGAGCAAAGGUUUCACAAGCAAACGAAGCUUGCCUAAGCUGUUUCAGGCACUUCUCCAUGUCACUAAGAUCAACAACAAGGGUGGCACCAGCCCAAGGUCAGAGGGACGUUCUUGCACGUCUGUACAAAAUCGCAGCAGCCCUAGUGCCAGGUUGUGGUCGGGCCAAAUUUUGUGAUCAUUUUCUGUUAUUGGGCACAUGUGCACUGAUCUCCCCAUUCACAACCCCCACGCUCUGUUUACCUUCGUGCCAGUGCUCGACACAAGCAAGCUCGUCUUGACUCUCAGGAUUUUCACCCCAAGUAGCAAAGUGAGGGGCGAAGUCGAAGAGACACCAUGUAGAUGCCAACGGAGAAAGAUGCCAGCUGCCAGUCAGAACCUUACCGAUAGGCCACAGCCUCAUGGCGAUACACAGAUUAAUAGAAAUGGGUUAAUUUAAGAUGUAAGAGUUAGCUUGAAAUAUGCCUAAGCUAUUGGCCAAACAGUAUUGUAAUUAAUAUAGUUUCUGUGUUAUUAUUAGGGUCUGGGCAGCCAGGAAGCAAAUGAGCAGUAUCUGUCUACAUUAAGUCAAUGCUAUUACCCUACAUCUAUCACUGUAUUUAUCUGUAUUUUGAAAUCUAUUAUAGAAAUAUGCACAGAUGAAACUCCCUAUGACAGUUGUUUAGUAUUUCAUUAUUUGGAUGAGUUACAUAAUAUCUCUUCCUUUUCUUCACAAAGGAUAUUGGCUAUAUAAUAUCUCUUCCUUUUCUUCACAAAGGAUAUUAAAAUAAUUUCCUUAUCUUCCCAAUUUAAAAGGUGUACUAGCUGCGCUGUGGUGUUGCACGCCUUUAAUCCCAGCACUUAGAAGGCUGAGGUAGGCAGAUCUCUGUGCAUUUGAGGCCAGCUUGAUCUACAAGAGCUAAUUCCAGGACAGCUAGGACUGUUACACAGAUACACCCUGUCUCAAAAAACCAAAUAAAUAAAUAAAAUUAAAGGUGUACUAAUUUUUGUAUGUUUUCUUUGCAAGCUAUUAUUGAAGUUAUUAUUUCCUAUAAAGAGAAACCUGUGCUUGUUGAAGACAAUCAUAUCAGGCUUCCCCAGUUUCCUCUUUAUAAUUCUUUGCAAGCCCAGAUGUUGCAUCCCCUGCCUUGGCAGAUGACUGGAAUGUCUUCCUUACAGUCUCACCAAAAGCUUAUGUAAUUUCUGUCAAUCUGAUGGGAAAAAAUAAUAAAUCAAGUGGUUUUAAUUAC